AUGUCAUUCAAGGUCACACCCAAACCCUGCCCCCGCUCCUCUAGCUUCCCAAUGCUGGGCCUGUUUGCAAGCCAUUACACUGAGACACAUUAUCUGGACGAUGGCAGUGCAGUCACUGGUGCUCACAACUUUACGAAGAACUGCUACUACCAUGGAAAAGUGGAGGGCCACGCUAACUCUGACGUCACUCUCAGCACCUGCUCUGGCCUCCGGGGUUUCAUCUCACUUGAAAAUAAGACCUUCAUCCUUGAACCAUCGUUGUACCAGGACAAUAAUAAACACAUCAUCUACCGAGGGGAAAACCUCAACCUGUCCCCAGGAACCUGUGGUCAUGGCUUCAACAUGUCCUCUGUUAUCCCUGACAACCAUCUGAGAAGCCCUUUCAGAACAUUCAGCACCAGGAACAAGAGGCACGCUCAGAAGACUACCAAAUAUGUAGAGCUGGUCAUCGUUGCAGACAACAGAGAGUUAACCUGGUGGUUGUGUGUUCAGUUUCAGAAACAGGGGAAGGACGUUGAGAGGGUGAAGCAGAGACUGGCAGAGAUAGCCAAUUACGUGGACAAGUUCUAUAGGGUCCUGAACAUCCGUGUGGCCCUGGUGGGCCUGGAGGUGUGGAGCGACGCUGAUAAGUGUCCUGUCACUCAGGACCCCUUCAACACCCUGCAUGAGUUCCUAGACUGGAGGAAAGUCAAACUACUGCCUACGAAAUCACACGACAACGCUCAGCUCAUCAGUGGGGUGUUCUUCCAGGGUACCACCAUCGGCAUGGCACCCAUCAUGAGCAUGUGUACAGCAGAGCAGUCUGGGGGCAUCGUCAUGGAUCAUUCGGAUAAUCCCCUGGGCGCGGCUGUGACUUUAGCACAUGAGCUGGGGCACAACUUUGGCAUGAACCACGACACUCCAGAGCGGGGGUGUGGCUGCAGGAUGACAGUGGACCGCGGGGGCUGUAUCAUGACCCCCUCCACUGGGUACCCAUUUCCUACGGUAUUCAGCACCUGCAGUAAGAAGGACCUGGCCGCCAGUCUGGAGAAGGGAGUUGGGAUGUGUCUGUUCAACAUGCCCGAGGUCAAGGUGCUCUACGGGGGACAGAAGUGUGGCAACGGAUACGUGGAGGAAGGAGAGGAGUGUGACUGUGGAGAACUGGAGGAAUGCAUGAACCCCUGCUGCAAUGCCACCACCUGCACCCUGAAGGGGGAUGCCGUGUGUGCCCACGGACAGUGCUGCGAGGACUGCAGGCUGAAGCCUGCUGGCACACCGUGUCGAGAGUCUAGUAACUCCUGUGAUUUGCCAGAGUUCUGUACUGGUGCCAAUCCCCACUGCCCUGCCAACGUGUACCUGCACGACGGUCACUCCUGCCACAACGUGGAUGGAUACUGCUACAACGGCAUCUGCCAGACUCAUGAGCAGCAGUGCAUCACGCUAUGGGGACAAGGAGCCAAACCUGCCCCAGGGAUCUGCUUUGAGAGGGUCAACUCAGCAGGAGAUCCUUACGGGAACUGUGGGAAGGACUCCAAAGGAUCGUUUGCCAAAUGUGAAGCCCGAGACGCAAAGUGUGGCAAAAUUCAGUGUCAAGGAGGGGCCAACCGGCCUGUGAUUGGCACCAAUGCCGUCUCCAUAGAAACCAACAUCCCUCUUCAGGAAGGAGGGAGGAUCCUGUGUCGGGGAACCCACGUCUACUUGGGUGAUGACAUGCCCGACCCUGGACUGGUUCUGGCUGGCACCAAGUGUGGAGAGGGCAUGAUGUGUCUGAAUCGUCAGUGCCAGAAUGUCAGUGUGUUUGGAGUGCACCAGUGUUCAGGGAAGUGCAGCGGACGAGGGGUGUGUAACAACUUGGAGAACUGUCAUUGUGAGGCGCACUGGGCCCCUCCCUUCUGUGAGAGUGCGGGGUUUGGGGGCAGCCUCGACAGUGGACCAAUGAGAUUGUCAGAUGUGCGUGUGUGUGUAUUAAUGUGCGUGUUGUCGUAUGUGACGUCAGCCGACAGCAGGGUGGUUGCUGUGGCAAUCCUGGCCACCCUCCUCAGCCUUAUGGGUGCUGGGUUCCUGGUAUUCCUUAAGAGGAAGACUCUGGUCCGUCUGCUCUUCACCAACAAGAAAACCACCAUGGAGAAACUGAGAUCAGUUGGGUCGACCAGACCAGCCAGCCCCAACCAGACUCAGUCCAUGUACAGUCCACGACGCAAGCCCCUAGCCAAGCCUCCAGGUACCAGCAUAUACAAGCCAUCACACCUGAGUUCGGAGCCUCUCCUCCCUCCACACAGUUUCCACUCCCACAGCUUGCGGCGGCUGCCCCACUACCAGCCCCUCCACAUCAGCCACCCCAUGCCUGUCUCCCUGAGUGUGGGUCAGCAGCCCCUGCCACCGGUCCCACCCCACCACAAGGCUCUGCCGGCCCACACCGCCCUCUCCCCACCACGGGCACAGCCCUUCCACAGCCUGCCCCGACAGCAGCCCUACAGAAUGGACCAGGACUGUGAGAAACCCAGUCCACCCCAGAAGCCCCUGCCUGCAGACCCUCUGGGAAGGAGGGCUCGGGUGGGACGCAGCACCUCGGUGGUAGGGGUUCGCCUCCCUGGACCCAUCCCUAUCCCCAUCCCCACCGUACCCAGACCCCUGCUCACCAAUCCACAACUGAACAGACCUGCACCCAUACAACCCCCGAGACUGCCAAAGACUCAUCAUUUUGACCGCUGAUCUCAACGAAGAUCUGAUGGAAUGGAAAAGUGGAGCGCUCUAUGGAUGGAGACCCAUAUUUGCACUACAAGAAUACCAGACCUUUGCAACUUUGAAAGUGUCUCAGAGUUUUAGGGAAAGGAGACUGACUUCAAACCUUGGUGCUGUACCUCUGCUUUUGUUGUCCUCGCUCAGGUACAAAUGAACUAUUUAAUGUCUAUAUUUAUUAUUACCGUGUGCACAGUGCACUCUGGUAGACCCUAUUGACAGUAGCAUAUUGAGACUUGGAUCGCUGUUGGUGAUUAAAAAAAAUUACCCCCAGCAAAAUCAGAAGACCAGUUUGCCAUAUAAUGGAGGGUAUGUUUUUAAAUAUACAGUUAAGGAGAGACAUACUGAAAAAAAGUAUUUUAUUUUUAUCCUGUGAAGUUCCUAGAAUAAUUGAAGAGAGAAACACAGAUUGGGUUAAAGUUAAAGGGAAACAGAGCACUGCAUGGAACACUUUGAGAGUAACUUGUAACUCACUAAGCAGCAGUGUUAGGGACUGGGAAUUUUUGUUCAGUUUAUCAUUAAUAAGAACUGCUUUUACAUUCAAAUGCGUCCACUCACUUCAUAAUCAGAAACGGUGUUGACUGACAUGUUGGACGUAUCAAUUGAGGUGUGUUUCGACUAAUCCAAUUCAGUGCAAAAGCAAGGGAAUUGUUCAGAAUGGACACGUACUUGAGAAUUGACUGUUACGUGAUCUUUGUAUUCAUACAUGAUCUUUAUUCAUAUACAGUUGAAGUUGGAAGUUUACAUACACUUUAGCCAAAUACAUUUAAACUCAGUUUUUCACAA